GUUCCCUGCCCUGCAUUUAUUCUUCUUUCCCUCCUCCUCCUCCUCCUCCUCCUCCCAGUUUCCUGUCUGGCUUUGUGUUCGCGACGGAUAUGUGCGGCGCCCACAGGUGUGUCUCGUCCGCGCCGCUUUUGCCCGGCCAGGAGCGCGAGAGAGGCGGGCGCUGAGGCGCGUCAUGUGAUGCGCUCCGGCUCUCUGUGGCGGCGGAGAAGUAGUCGUGCUUUUCCCCUCAGCUCCUUCUCUCCGCCUUUCCUCGGCUCGGGAAGCUGCUUGCCGUCGCCGCCGAGGCUCUCGCGCUGAUUUGUGGAGGCUGCUGCUGAGGCGGCGCCUCCGCCCUCCUUCCUUUCCCUCAGAAUAUGGGCAGCAGCCCGCCGGCCCCGCCGCUGGCUGCUGCGGGUCGUGCGCGCUGCCUCCGGGGGCUGCUGGGCUGAGGCGCGGCCACUUGGGGAGAGAGGGAGCGGCGGAGGCAGCAGCACAAAGGCGCCGCCGCCGCUACCACCACAGACCAGCAGCGUCUUCUCCUUCGUCUGCCGCCUUCCAACUUGGUGCUUUGCUAGCUACUGAAACUUCAAAGUCAUAUUACUACAUUAUCUAAUUGAUCCAAAUAGCACUGCCUUGGAGACUUCAAAGUAUUGUCUCCUAUUUUACAGAUCUGUCCAGAGCUACAGUUUUUGACUCCUGUGAGACCUGAAGGAAAAAAUGGUUACAUCAGUCUACCUUCCUUAUUUUUAGAGCAUUUUAUGGUAUUUGAAGAAAACCUGAGGUUGAGUCUCUUCCCAGUGCUAAAGUUCAGAGAUUGUCAUAUGACUCACUGCAGGUAAAAAAUAAAAUAAAAGAAGAAGCUACCUGUGGAAAAUUAAGUGAAGUGAAAGAAGAACCAGAGAAGAACGUAUCGCACAGAAAUGGCUGUUUGGAUUUGGACCCUGAGCAUUCUGAGCUUCUCUUGUUUGACCUGUGCAUUAAGGCCUAAGAAAUGGGAUUCAUUUCUGACCAACACAGAACUGAACCACCUGACGGUGAACCACAAAACGGGGACAGUCUAUUUAGGAGCAGUUAAUGCCCUUCAUCAGCUUACGGGAGACUUGAAACCCUAUCCGUCCGUGGGUGAGGUAUCAACUGGGCCACAACUUGAUAACAAAAUGUGCACACCUCCCAUUGAUGCAAACCAGUGUACCGAAGCAAAAGAUACUGACAAUUACAAUAAGAUAUUUUUGCUGGACACACAAGAGGGGCAAAUUGUGGUUUGCGGGAGCCUGUUUAAGGGCAUCUGUUGCAUAAGGGAGCUCGAGAACAUUUCAAAGAUAGUUUACUAUGAGAACGGCAGCGGGGAGAAAUCGUUUGUUGCAAGCAACGACGAGGAGGUAGCCACAGUGGGGCUGAUCACCUCUUUGAAAAAAGGCCGAAUGAUGUUUGUGGGAAAGGGAAAUGGACCAAGUGACAAUGGGAUCAUAAUCAGCACUCGGCAACUUUUCGACGGGGAUGGGAAAGACAUUUUUGAACUGUAUGCAGAGCCUGCUGUGAUCAAAUCGACGUACCCUUCCUCAAGCACGCAGCAGUUUCUGUACAUCUUUGAAGACAGCAAAUAUGUGUAUUUUAUUUUCAAUCAGUAUGAAAAGCAGCCCCUUAAAAACCGGACAGUAAUUGGGCGGCUCUGCAAGGAAGAUGAACAGUACCAUUCCUACUUUGAAAUGGACUUGGAAUGUAUAGAUGCCAGUGGUCCUUACAACCAAUGUAAUGCUGUCUAUGCCUCUGUGCCUGGGCAGGAUCCAGCAUCAUCUGAACAAGAGGAUGGUGCCUCGUCAGAGGACAAAAUGCUAAUUGCACUUUUCAGGAGGAUCAACAAAGACAAUAACUCUGUGGAAUCUGCCAUGUGUGUGUUUUCCUUGGAGCAGAUCAACCAAAAAAUGGAGGAAAAACGGGAGCAAUGCUAUAUGAAGGAUAAACGGAAUGUGUUUUACAAACCUUUCCGAACAGAAACUGCUCCAUGCACUUCUCAGUCUCACCCGAAUUCAAGCCAAGCCUUUCCAUGUGGUUCUGAACAUUUACCAUACCCUCUGGGAAGCAGAGAGGGAAUUACUACAGAACCUUUAUUGAAGAAGAAGGGUAUAGACUUAACUGCAGUGACCUUUGCCGUAGAGAACACGCAUACAGUAGCAUUUGUUGGGACAUCAGAUGGCAGAAUCCUGAAGGUGUUUCUGUCGAAUCCUGAAAAGGAAUAUGCUGGAGUCCUUGUUGAAAAAAACAAGCCUAUCCAGAAAGAUCUCGCCCUAGAUGCUCUCCAAGAGAACUUGUAUGUGAUGACUGCAAGAGAGGUGUUCCGCUUGCCUGUCCAAGAAUGUACGAGUUACUCAACCUGUGACCUGUGCAUUCAAGCCCGGGAUCCGUAUUGCGGCUGGUGUGUAACAGAGGGAAAAUGCACGAGGAAAAAAGACUGUGCAAGAUCAGCUCAGGAAAACCACUGGCUCUGGAGCCCAGAUGGCAUUUGCCUGAAUAUUACAAGUGCUUACCCUCAAAAUAUGAGCCGGGGAGCCACAGGCAAUGUAGAAUUGACUCUCAGCCCUUUCCCAGUUUUAAAUGGAGAUGACCAGCUUUGGUGUCAUUUUGGGGAAACAAGCCGUAAGGCGGACUUACAAGAAGGGACUAUUACCUGCGAGCCUCCUGUUGAAAUUCCUCCAACGACAAAAGGCCAAGAUUAUGUCUUGGUUCUACUGCGCCUGACCUUUGGUGAUAAUAUAUUUCUUGCAUCGGGUACAUAUCCUUUUUAUGACUGUAGAGAAGCUAUAAACCGUAUUGAAAAUGAACCGUGUUAUUCCUGUGCAAGCAGUAGAUGGAAUUGCCAGUGGGACUGGAAAACCCACUCCUGUGGGGACUCUUCUUCAGAAACAGAUGUGAUUCAGCAAAAUAUGGCGGAAAAAUGCCCGCACUUUCUAGAUCCCAACCCUAAAAUAAUACCCAUGGAAGUCUCAACAAAAGUAUCUUUUGAAGGAAAGAAUCUGGAUUAUUAUGAGGGUAGCGAUUUCAGAAUUGGAAAUGACCGCAUUCAGUUUGAGACCAAAGUGGAAAAGGCAUCUGAUGGAACUUUCUUUUUUCAAAUCCAACCGAGUCAUGUUGAAAACGAAACACUACCACUUAGCUUAUUCAUUAAGACGGAUCAAGGCAAGAUUGAUAGCAAACUGAUUGUGACUCUAUACAGCUGUUCCUAUGGUCGGAAUGACUGCAGCUUGUGUCUCGCAGCUAAUCCUGCGUAUCGGUGUGUCUGGUGUGACGACAGCUGUGUUUACACUGGCCGGUGUGCUGCUCCCACUACCACCUGCCCUCCUCCGGUCAUUACUAUGAUUGAACCACGUAAUGGACCGCUGAGCGGUGGAAUUUUGUUGACCAUAAUGGGAUCUAAUUUGGGCAUAAAUGCUGAAGAUGUCAAAAGUAUAACAGUGGCAGGCACUGAAUGUAUAUUUAGAGAACAAUUCUACUCUGUUUCUACCAAGAUUGUAUGUGAGGUUGGAAGCGUGCCAGAAGCAAAAGAAGGUGAAAUUGAAGUUGAUGUAAAUGGACAACAAGGCAGAUCAACAAAUGAAGUGCAGUUUACAUAUCAGGAUCCUGAACCUACAGGAAUAAGUCCUCAAAUUGGUACCAAAGCUGGAGGGACAUUCUUAACUAUCAGUGGCACAAACCUGGACACUGGCUCUAUUCAAGAUGUUCAAGUUUACCUCGAUAAUGUACCCUGUCAAGUUAUCACAUUUGGGCAAGAAAUAGUUUGCGUUACUGGACCAAAUAGCAAGGAAGGGCCUGUUCCUGUAACAGUACGGCAUGGAAGCAAUGAAAGAAGGAUAGAAAAUGAACCAUUUACCUACAGUGAAAACCCUACAGUUAGCAAGAUCACACCUGAAGUCAGCAUUUGCAGCGGAGGCCGAAAUAUUACAGUCGUUGGAGCUGGUUUUGAUAUUAUCCAGCAUUUCUCUGUGAAAGUUAUAUUUAAGCCUUUUGUCGAGAGAUCAUCAAGGAAGAGGAGGAAGAGGCAGACAGAGGAGGUACAAAAGUUUGAAGGAAAAACCAUCUCAAAGAUCAAUGACACCACUCUAGUCUUCUUAUCACCACCGGUGCUGGAGGACCCAGAAAAUUACAGAAUUACUGUGCUUCUCCAAAUGGAUGGUCAUCAGGUGGGAAAAGACUUUCAAUAUGUUGCUGAUCCAACCUUUGAAAACUUCACUGAUGGUGUCAAAAAACAAGUCAAUAAACUUAUUCACGCAAAGGGCAGUAAUCUCAACAAAGCUAUGACGUUGGAAGAGGCGCGAGCAUUUGUGGGAGAGGAGCCCUGCGUCAUCAAAACCCUGACGGAGAACGAUUUGUACUGUGAGCCACCUGAAGUGCAGCCCCCGCCCAAGAGAAGGCAGAAGAGAGAUACGGUUAAUAACCUGCCAGAAUUCAGCGUGAAAUUUGGCUUCAAAGAAUGGAUCCUAGGAAGAGUUGAGUAUACCCAAGUGAGUGACAUACCACUAGGCUUGAUCUUGCCAUUGGUAUUAAUUCCCAUGGUGGCUAUUAUCAUCAUCUCAAUCUUCUGCUACAGACGGCAAAGCGAACAAGCAGAACGAGAAUACGAAAAAAUUAAAUCACAACUUGAAGGCUUGGAGGAAAGCGUCAGAGACCGGUGCAAAAAGGAAUUUACAGAUUUGAUGAUAGAAAUGGAAGAUCAGACAAACGAUGUUAAUGAAGCAGGAAUUCCUGUGCUGGACUACAAAACAUAUACAGACAGAGUCUUCUUCCUGCCAUCCAAAGACGGAGAAAAAGAUGUUAUGAUCACUGGGAGGCUGGAUAUUCCUGAAGCUCGACGGCAAACUGUAGAACAAGCACUGAAUCAAUUCUCCAAUCUGCUCAAUAGUAAAUCAUUUCUCAUUAAUUUCAUUCACACAUUAGAAAACCAAAGAGAAUUCUCUGCCCGUGCAAAAGUGUAUUUUGCAUCUCUCUUGACUGUGGCUUUGCACGGGAAACUAGAAUACUAUACGGACAUCAUGAGGACAUUGUUUUUGGAGCUGAUGGAGCAGUACGUUGUGGCCAAAAAUCCCAAACUGAUGCUCAGAAGAUCAGAAACUGUGGUGGAGAGGAUGCUUUCUAAUUGGAUGUCAAUAUGUUUAUAUCAGUACCUCAAGGACAACGCAGGAGAACCUCUUUAUAAGUUGUUCAAGGCUAUCAAACAUCAAGUGGAAAAGGGCCCUGUGGAUGCUGUGCAAAUGAAGGCCAAAUACACACUGAAUGACACCGGUUUGCUGGGAGACGAUGUAGAGUAUUCACAACUGACUGUGAAUGUGAUUGUACAAGAUGAAGGCACAGAAUCCGUACCUGUAAAAGUGCUCAACUGUGAUACUAUUUCUCAAGUGAAAGAAAAGAUCAUUGACCAAGUCUAUCGAAAUCUGCCUCAUUCGCACUGGCCAAAGCCUGAUAAUGUCGUUCUUGAGUGGCGUCCAGGCUCUACUGCACAGAUACUCUCCGACUUGGAUUUAACGUCCCAAAGAGACGGCAGGUGGAAACGCAUCAAUACCCUGAUGCACUAUAAUGUACGGGAUGGUGCUACUCUCAUCUUGUCAAAAAUGGGGGUCUCCCAGCAGCCAGAGGAUCAUCAGCAAGACAUGCCAGAGGAAAGGCGUGCAUUGUUGGAAGAGGAAAAUAAGAUCUGGCAUCUAGUUCGGCCGGCAGAUGAAGUUGAUGAAGGCAAAUCAAAAAGAGGUAGCAUGAAAGAGAAGGAGAGAACCAAAGCUAUUACAGAAAUCUACCUGACGAGACUCCUCUCUGUGAAGGGUACACUUCAGCAGUUUGUAGAUAACUUUUUUCACAGCGUACUUGACUCAAAGCAUGUUGUGCCACCAGCUGUGAAAUAUUUCUUUGAUUUUCUUGAUGAGCAAGCGGAAAAGCAUGAUAUCAAAGAUGACGAUACUAUCCACAUCUGGAAAACGAACAGCUUGCCGCUUAGGUUCUGGGUAAACAUACUGAAAAACCCCCACUUCAUCUUCGAUGUUCAUGUUCACGAAGUAGUGGAUGCUUCCUUGUCAGUCAUUGCACAGACUUUCAUGGAUGCUUGCACAAGAACAGAGCACAAAUUAAGCAGGGAUUCUCCGAGUAAUAAGUUACUCUAUGCAAAAGAGAUCUCGACGUAUAAGAAGAUGGUGGAAGAUUAUUACAAAGGUAUUCGCCAAAUGGUACAAGUGAGUGACCAGGACAUGAAUACACAUUUAGCAGAGAUUUCUAGGGCACACACAGACUCAUUAAAUACCCUUGUGGCUUUACACCAGCUCUACCAGUAUACCAACAAAUACUAUGAUGAGAUCAUAAAUGCACUGGAAGAGGACCCAGCUGCACAAAAAAUGCAGCUUGCUUUUCGAUUACAACAGAUAGCAGCUGCUUUAGAGAAUAAAGUAACUGACCUUUGAUUUGAAAGCUGCAAUAAAGAAGACUGAUCUGGAUGUGUAAAUUCAUUCUUCCUAAUAAGGAAAUAGUGUUCUAUUUUUUAAUGUGUAAUUACAACUUUAAAUGAAAAACAAAAGAUUUUGGUUUUUUUAUAGCAAAGCUGUAAUGUAAAGAGUUUUUACUGUAAAUUAUGCUUCUAAUUAAAAUCCUGUGUUGUGUGUAAAUGAAUUUUCAGUGGGAAAUGAGGGAAGUCCUCUGGGGUGGGGGAGGGUAAAGUUAUAGCUCAUUUAAUCAAAUAGUACAAUCUUGAAGCAUCAGCAUUUUUAGAAUUCAUUACGCUAGUUAAAUUCACUACCUAUAGCAUUCUUUAUACUUUUUAAGCAAUAUGUGUACUAGAAAAGUAAUAGCAUAUUGGAAAAAUAAAUGCAAUAUCCCUCUUUUAAUUUCAGUAAUUGGAAA